GCCAGUCUUCCUCUACCUCUGCACACUCUCUCUCUCCCUUAUCUUUGCAAGCCCUAAGACGCCACCACCAGCAUCGAACCCCAUAAGCUUUAGGCUGUAACAAUAAUGGACGCAACCACUGUCAUGCCUACACCAACGGUCGCCAUUCAACAUGUAACCAAAGCUUCCUCCAACGAAAUCCUCAAAAAAUUCAUCGAAUUAGCUUCUCCUGAUCGUCCGUCCAAAAAAUCAUCACGUUUAUCGAAACGACAAAAGAUAUAUGCGCAAUCAUUAACACUCAUCACCUGUGAAAGCUCUGAGUUUAUCGGCACAUUAGUCAUUCAAAGAAAGUCACUUCUUCCACCUAUUUUAUCCGGUCACAGAUCAUCCGGCACGAGGAAGCUCAUUAGUCACAUAAAAGUUGGGAGAGCUCAGUUAAGGUCUAGGAACAGAUCAGUUUUCGAAACAAUCGAGAAGACUUGGCAAAGAACCCUUGAUGGAGCGCCGAAGAUGUUAAAGGAGAAGCAGUAUAACAGGCAUAAACGCUUGCUAAGCGAUACGACCUAG